AUGACCUCCGCCUCCACCUUCCUCUCUCUGCGCCUGCCCACUCCCUCUCCCUCCCACGCCGCGUUCUCCCCUUCCCUCCCCCCGCCUCUGCUCCGGCAGGCGCGUGGCGGCGUGGCGUCCUCGGCGCUGGUGGCGCGGGCGGCAGGGCCAGCGGGAGCGGCGGGGGCUCCGUCUCCGCUAUUCAACCCCCGGGGAGACCCGUUCCUGUCUGCCCUCGCAGCCGUCUCACCGGAGGACCUUGCGGCAGCCGCUGGUGGCGAGCGCCGUGGAGAGGACCACCUGCCGUUCCUCGAGAUCUUCCAGAACGCCAAGCUCAUGGCCUCGCCCGCGCAGGUGGAACGGUCUAGCAGCUCAUACAGUCAGCACAGGCCUAGAAGGCCUCCUCCAGAUUUGCCUUCAUUGCUUCUUCAUGGUCGAAUUGUUUAUAUUGGCAUGCCGUUGGUACCAGCAGUGACUGAGCUCAUUGUUGCCCAGUUGAUGUACCUUGAAUGGAUGAACAGUAAAGAACCUGUUUAUAUAUACAUCAACUCAACUGGAACGGCUCGCGAUGAUGGUGAACCGGUCGGGAUGGAGAGCGAAGGUUUUGCAAUCUAUGAUGCAAUGAUGCGUAUGAAAACUGAGAUCCACACACUUUGUAUAGGAGCUGCAGCAGGUCAUGCAUGUCUUGUGCUUGCGGCUGGAAAAAAAGGCAAACGCUAUAUGUUCCCUCAUGCCAAAGCUAUGAUUCAGCAACCACGUAUUCCUUCUUAUGGGAUGAUGCAAGCAUCAGAUGUUGUUAUUCGUGCAAAAGAGGUUGUGCACAACAGGAACACGUUGGUCAAACUUUUGGCAAGGCAUACUGGAAAUCCACCAGAGAAGAUAGACAAGGUAAUGAGAGGACCAUUUUACAUGGAUUCCUUGAAGGCAAAGGAGUUUGGGGUCAUCGACAAGAUCCUUUGGCGCGGUCAGGAGAAGUACAUGGCUGACAUGCUCUCCCCAGAUGAGUGGGACAAAGUUGCCGGAGUCAGACGUCCUGAUCCAAUGUGA